AUUUUAUAUAGAAACACAAGACUCAUUACAUAAAAGAGGAACAAUAAUACAGGAUUACAGUCAAGGUGGACUUAAAGCCACAGACUUUGAAAGUUUGGAUGGUAUGAUUAAAAUUAAUUUGCUUCUCCAUAAUGGGAGCAAUAUUUUGUUACAAUUCUAAUUUCAUUUUAUUGUAUUUUAUUAUUUUCUUCCUUUUUUAUUUCUUUCUGUUCUAUUAGUGUGAAUGUGUAUCUCAUCUUUUGAAUUUUUAAUUAGUAAAUAAAAACCUGGAAAAAAACAGAAAAAACCCCAUCUGUACAGUUUUUUUCCCCCAUCUGUACACUUCCUAAUUCUCGUGUCUCCUUAACAGACGUCAGAGGAUGUAACCAAUAGGAGAGCGGCUAACUUCAAAAGGACACGCCCACGAAAGCAAUACUCAGCCAAUGAAAUACGACAGACAGAUUUUAAAUCCUCCAUGCUCCUACAUGCUCUGAUGUUUGUACAGGAGAUCUAAAAAACGCUGAAAAGCCCGGGACAAUAAACGGAAAUAAUUUAGAAUUUAUUCCAGCAGCCAGAAUGGCAAAAGGGAAGAAAAAUGUACUGAGAACCAACAAAAAGAAAGAAGACUCAAAGGAGAAAAUAGUCACUUCGCAAACUGAGACAAAGGAAAACAAACCAGCAUCUAACAAGAGGUUCUUCCUUUUGUUUCUAAUCAGCCCAAACGACUCUCUUCAGCAGACCUGCAAAGAUAAAAUACAGACAUAUUUCCAGAAUCUGCGCAGUCCAAGCAAACCUAGAUCCCCUCUGAGUGACAGUUCAAGUAAACUGAUCCAGGAGGACAAUGAUUCUGAAACGACUGACCCUGAAAUGGCAAGACUGAAGGAAGCUGAAAGCAAAAUCAAGGAUGAUGGCUGUGAGUCCAUUGAGAAAAAGCCUGAUGAGCCUGGUCAGAGUUGUGGAGCAAAAGAACAAACUAAUGAUGAUCUUGAAAAAAAGGAGUCUCCUAAACAAGCAGUUGGGAAGUCUCCAACAGACGGCAAGGUUUCAGAAUCUGGGCAUCAAAUCAAAGCCAGCCGCAAGCAUCGAGCAAAAAAGGUGGAAAAAAAAGUUUCUCAAAACAAAAAGGUCACAGACUACUUCCCCAUCAGACGGAGUAACAGGAAAACUAAAGGCGAAAUAAAGAGUGAGGAACACAGACAGAUCGAUGAUCUGAUAAAUAAAAACACAGAAGAAGGAAUGGAGGUCAGACAAAUAGAAGGAAAAGGAAGAGGAGUAUUUGCUGUGAGAGCGUUCAAAAAGGGAGACUUUGUUGUGGAGUAUCAUGGCGACCUGCUGGACUUAGCCGAGGCUAAAACAAGAGAAGAUCAGUACGCUCAAGAUCCUCAAACAGGCUGUUACAUGUACUACUUCCAGUAUCAAUCUAAAAGUUACUGCAUAGACGCCACAAAAGAAAGUGGUCGUCUUGGGAGGCUGGUCAACCACAGUAAGAGUGGAAACUGUCAGACCAGGCUUCACGCCAUCGGAGAAACCCCGCAUCUAAUCUUGGUGGCUUCUAGAGACAUCAAAGCAGGAGAGGAGCUUCUCUAUGACUACGGAGAUCGGAGUAAAGAGUCCAUCACUGCGCACCCUUGGCUCAAAUUCUGAAGUCUUCAUGCUAUGUUUUUUUUUUUUUUUCUGAUUCUUGUGGAUAGCUGCAAAAUGGACAGUCUUCAUCCUGGAACCCCCUUUUUUUUGGUUUCCAAACAUCCAUAAUUAUCUUUUAUCAUGUUUUUAAAAAUAUUUUUCUAAAUGUAGCAGACGGGAAGCUUGGGCUGUUCCUUUUGCAAGUAUUGCUUCAGUUUGGUUUCCUUUGUGUAAUGAGAAUAGUAAGGCCUUUUGGUAUUUAAACAUGCAGUUGAGGCGUCGAUCAAGUUGGGACAUCAAAGUGUAAUAUUUUAUGCAAAUAUUUAAAAAUAUGUCACACAAGGUGGUCUGUCCUUUCACAUCCAUUACAUAAUGCAAAGAGAAAGUGAUGUUGCCAAUAAAAUGAGAAAAAGUGCAAAAGA